UGCCGCUCUUCUUUUCUUUGCCUCUGAUUUUUCAUUGCGACAACAGUAACAGACACCAUGCAUCAAAGUGCCUUUCAUCACGAUCUGGAGAAGCAGCCACUGAUCGCUUCCACAGAUACAGACGAUCAUCUAACAUUGCGGACCCAGUCAGAAAAACAUGAGGAUGCUCAUUCAAGCCGCUUCAGCAUUUACACAACGCUCGCCUACUUCCAUAUUCUCUUGGUCGUCCUGCCGCCCUUGAUAAGCCUUAUUCUGCUUUAUUCAGGGAUAGUCAACAAGCAAACAGUCGCUGGUCGCAUCGCUAUCGGUACCUUGAGUGGAAUCCUAGUCUACGGCGGGGCAUUCCUGAUCCAAGACAUCGACGAACAAUUAAUCCCCGAUCCGAAAUACCGUCGACUCGCAAGGCUUACCGCAGGAAUCAUCGGAGCAUAUUACUUUGGCUCAUUGAAUGCUGCAAUCAUGUCGCUCAUUUACGGGAAAUAAGCGUCACCGGAUUUGACUGGGAAAGCUGGCUGGGGUGAUAGAUGGAGAGUCGUGGGGUAGGCGAGAUAGCCGAGACUGGAGCUACAAGACCAAGCAUGCUUAGGGCGCUCACGCCCAAUUAAUCUAGUCGAUAUUCCUAAGGAUACGACAUUUAUAUAAUGAAGGACACGAAUUCAAUAAGUAAUAUACGCAUAGAACCCUGUUGCAAAUCAC